AUGAACUCAAAUGUCAUUUUAACGGCAAUAGCAAACGGAGGAACAGAUGCACACAUUUUGAAGAAACAAAGGAUACUCAGCGAGAAUAAAGCCAUCAAGAAAGUAUCUAAGGACUCCAAAUCAAGAUUAAGUAACGAACAGGUGGCAGAAAUCUCAAUACGUAAACAAUUUGAAAGAAAUUUGAUUAAAAAAGGUGAAAAAUUACAUGGGGUGAAUGCUGAGACAAACUGGAAUAUAAUCAGAUAUCAAACCAAAUUAAUCCCUGAUUUGAACUAUGCCAUAAAGAAAAAAGAAUACGUGCUUUCCAAAGUAAUAAGUGAUAUCAGAAAAUUAGAUGACGAUAUUCUUAGAUAUGAGGAGCAAAUCGAGAAGCAUAGUGACAAAUGUAUCCUAGAUUAUAAAAGGCUAAAUGCUGCCUUUGACGACGAGAUUAAAAAAUCUGAAGAUCAGUUCAAGGAACUUAUCGCUGACCUAAGAUUGCAAAAGAAUAAAGAAAUUGAUGAACUCGAAAAAUUAGAGCCAAGAGAACAGCUGAUAAGGGAAAUCGAUGUUCUCAAAUCCAAUAUGUUGAAACUUGAAACAAAAUCCAUUAAAUUAGAAAAUUCGAACAAUAAAAAGUGCAGCGAGGAAGAGUGGUCACUAUUAUCUUCUUUGGAGGGGUUUCAGCAAAGGAAGAAUAAGAUACUAGAUGGAAAAAGAAAGAUCAACGAGAAAUUAAAGAAAGAGAGAAUGAAAUUAGCAAGAAGAAUGGAAAUCAGAGAAAAAGAUCUUUCCCAGUUGACGUCCAACAUCGGUUCUCUCGAAGAAACUGUCAGAGGGUUACAAGAGCAAAUUAACAUGUUGGAUGAAUUGAGUGCACCAAAAAGAAAAAAAUUAUUAGAAUAUGAAGAUGUUCUUGCCGUUGAACAAAAAGAAAAGAGCUCACUGUUGGAAUCAGCCUAUAACUAUGAACAAUCUAUAACAAUAAGCCAGGAGAAACUGAAGUACGAAAGAUUACAGAGAAAAAGGCUCGAAUGUUCCAUUGACGAUUUUGAGGGACCUGUAAGAACAUUUUUCUAUUUUGAACCUUCCCUAGCUGGCUACAAUGUGCGUGCUGACUUUGGGGACUAUACCAUCACUACGAAAGGAAACGAAACAUAUGCACUCUCAAGAAUUUUGACGAGCGAAACGGACACUAUAGAGGAUAUAUUGUCACAAGAUUACAAACUAUUCCACGAUAAAUGUCUUCAAACCCAUGAGGAUUUUUCUUUCAUAACAAUAUCUACACAACCCUGGGUAGAAUUGCGCAAAAAGUUUCUAAACUUCAUAAGCAUUACAUAUGGUGAAAUAUUCGAGAUCGAAACCAUACAGCACUCAGUUGAACUAUCAAAUAGGCCUGAUGAUAAUCCUUUUAUUGAUUCGGAAAACAGUGCAUCAAUUUCUAGUAAUGAACUUAGAAACGUAGGCAUUAAAAAAAUAGAUGAAUCCUCUGAAACUCCUCUAUCUGGGUUAGAUAUUUUUGAAAUUAACUUUCGAAGUGGUGACGAUAAUAAUAUUGUCAAAGAAUAUUUCUUUCAAGUCCAAGAUACUGCAACGAUAGAGGGAUUACAAAAACUGGUAAGUGAAAGGAAACCUUCAAAACAGUCAGAAUACGUAACUUUUAUCAACAAACUGUUGAAAAGCACUAAAUCACUUUUUAUAUUUAAUGUUGAGCAUUCUAACCUUCAAAUGAUGCUACAGCUUUCCAAAUCUCUUCGGGAAAAUAAUCAUUGA